GGAAUAGUUUAUCAAUAAGUAUAAAGUUUAGCAACAAUGAUAGCAAUUCCAUAGGCAUUGAUUAUGUGGCGAUUCCCAAAUAUUUCAAAUCAUUUAAAUAUUUCUAUAAAGGUCCUCAGUGUAUGCACUAUUAUAGUACUCUCAAUCAUAAUACAGUUAGAGGUGUAAUCACAUCACCAAACUUACUAACGUACAAGGGAAUCAGUGUAGAUGUUGCUAAACUUCCUGGACAUAGUUUGACUAUGACUGUAAAGUUAUGGAAGGAUUGUGGAUGUUGUCAUUUGGUUAUAUCCAGUGAUUGUAACAUCAAAGAAACUAUUUCCAAUGCAGGAGUGACAUCUAUUACUCCAAUUCCUGCCAAUUCUACAUGUAACCAGUUGAAAAUUCAAAGCAAUGUGACAUGUGCAAAGGGAAUGUAUCCAAUUUUCUUUCUAAUGAAUGUGUAUGUGGUAUGGUACCAGUAUCCAAUGGAAUCUAUCAAGCCAGGAAUCAUUUACAAUAAUGUCCUUCUUAACCUUCUUUGUGGCUCAUUGAGGGAGUUAAUGGAGUUGAUUAAUGAUAACGUUAUAAUGGACAAUGAUAUAGUCCUGCAAGUCAUUGGUUGGUUGAAUAGCUGUAGCCCUACAGCACCAAGACAUUCUUACAAAGAACCUCUAGAAUGGGGGAGUGUAGCUCCCAUGAGCCUUACCAAUCUGAUUGUAGUUUGCCUAAAUGUAUGGCCUCGGAGAAAGGUGAAACUUCAAUCACUUACUAGGGUUGCGUCCAUCUGUUUGCUCUUUUACGAUAGUGAUGCAUUAAGUUAUAUAACCAUAGUUGAAGAAUACAGACACUUUGUGUUUUAUUUCAUCUCCUUGGCAAUAGUAUGGUUUCGCAAGAAAAUAGGUUUUUAGAGGAUUAAACUUUGAAUAUAUAUACUACAUGUAUAUGCUUGCUUGCUUUUAACUUGUUGAAUAACAUAUACAAAAAAAUAUUACAGUACUUACAGCUCCUUUUGUAUACAAUUUAAUCUUGCCAUUUGGACAUCUAACAAUCACAGACAUCCUUUUCCUUUCACUGAAACAGAUUGAACAAUUUAUAUCAACAUUAAAUUAUAUUUACAUUAUUCUGCAGUCAAGUGAUCUUAAUAUAGAACUUUAUAUCAAUUAUAUUAAAUGAGUUUGCCUUUCAAGUACAUGUAUAAUGUACUAGCUCAUUUUUAAUACAUAACGCCGUGUGCUUCCUGGAGGAACACGAUGAGUAUUUUGAUGUUAUCUUUAUUAUUUUGAUGUAAUCUUUUAUCACCAAUAUCUAAUGAAAUAUUUCUCAAAGUUUUAUGUUGAUGUUUUUGCAUUAUUAGAAAAUGCACCAUUCAAAAUCAAAUUUUUCUGAAAGUGCAGAACAACCUUAUAAAUUCUAAAGCUAAAAUUUCAUUUGCUAUAGCAUUGUGAUGUAUGUAUUGCAGUACCAACAACAAUUCUGUAUUAUGUACAGUAGUUUGGUUAUAUGGUUAUGUAUCCAUGAACUAUAUCGAUGACAUCUUUGCAAAUUCAUACACAAUAUUGCAGCGUGGGUUCUACAGUAUUAUUGAGAAUGUGGUAUGGCUAUUAGUAGAAUUUUCUUUCCAAUUUCCUGUGUAUCAAGCAGAUGAUUAUAGACUUAAGUUGUGUUAGUUAUUUGUGCAACAAAUAAAGAUGUUAAGUCAUUUCACAUCAACUUGAACUUUAAAAUACAUUUUUUUUGUAAUUAGUUGUGUUUGGUGUU